AAAAAUUACAUAUAUUAAGUAAAAUUUCUAUUCAUCCUCAUCAUCCUCAAUUAUUUUUCAAAAAAACCUUUUUUUAAAUUAUAAUUAUACAAUAUGAAAUCAUUUUUCUCUCUCAUCAAACCUAAUUAUCAAAUAAGUAGUACCCUUGCCAAACCAUCUUAUUCAUCAUAUUUUCUUAACAAAAGGUUUUAUGUAGCCAACGCUGUUUCUACUGAUCAUGGCAUAAAAGCUACUUAUCCUUACCCCAAUCAAAUUACAAACAUAGGUAAGAAUAGGAAUUUGAUCGAAGAAGCUAUAAGAGACCAUCGCGUUAUCAAAGACUUAUGGGGACGUUAUCAGAAAGAAGCUAAUAGAAAUGAACGUCAAAAAAUAGCAAAUACAAUUAUUUAUGAAUUCGCAGUACACACCGCUACAGAGGAUAUUGUGUUAUAUCCAGUUUUGGAAAAGUACUACCCUAACAUCGUGAAACACAAUCACGCGGAUCAUCAUCAUAUUAAAGAGGCACUUCACAAACUGUUCUCGAUGAAGAUUUCCGAUCAUGGAUAUGAUGAUAUUUUAGCUAAAGCCAUCAAGGAAUUUGAGGAGCACGCUGCUCGAGAAGAAUGUGACCAUUUCCCCAAACUCAAAGAGGCAAUCGGAAAUGAUAAACAAUUGAUAAAAUUAGGUGAAGAAUUCGAAAAAAUCCGUUCAAAAGUUUCUACUCAAUCUCACCUAACCACUCAUGACAAAAUGGAAUCUGCAAGUUAGUACACAUUUUAUUUAAUUAGUUUUACGCUAAUUUUAUCAUUGCCAACACAAAUUUUUUCUUUCUUAUUACUAAAAUCAUAGUUUGCAUGGCAGCUGCGCCUCUUGACAAAAUUUUCAAUUCUUCACGUAAUUAUGUUGAAACAAUUCGUGAUAAAAUUUGAUUUAUUAUAUAGA